AUGACAAAUAUAUGUUUAUUAUCAACAACAAAUUGUUUCAAUCGUUUACCCAAUGAAAUUAUUUUAAUAAUUUGGGAAUAUUUAGGUAAUGUUGAAGCAAUUAAAAUAUUUGGUUCUAUGGAAUGUCAACGAUAUACAAAACUAUCAGAAGAAUAUUGUUAUAAAAGUGUCAGUUUUCGUACAACAUCAUUAUCAACUUUUCAACUUUAUUGUUCUCAUUUAUUCAAUAAAAUUCGAUUGAAUGUAGAAACACUAAAACUUGGCCAUCAGUUUUCUUAUUCUCAAUUUCGUCUUUUUACACAAAUGCGUCCAGCUUCUUUAUCAAUUUUAAAAAUGUUUCCAAAGCUACGAAGACUUGUAUUAUGCAAUAUUCCUGAAAUGAGUUCUGAUGAUCUUGAACCAUAUUUGUCAGCUAUUCCAUUUCUACAACAUGUAUGGGUUUCAAGAUGUUCAUUAAAAAAAUCAUCAUCUUUAAUAUGUUCAAAUCUUCUUAAUCAUAACAAAAGUCAAUUACAGAGUUGUAUUUUUGACGGUAUUGAUCGAAUAAAUGGUGUUAUUUUAUACGAACCCAUUCCAUCAUCUUAUCAAGUACAACAAUCUCUUACUGAUAUUCGAAUCGGCAUGCACGAUUUUCUCACACUGAAAAAUUUACUACAAUUUCUUCCAAAACUCUUGAAACUUGGUAUGUUAUCAAUAUUAAAUUUGGAGUAA